CUUCGAGCCCCUCCAAUCAGUCGAUUUUAUCGAUUUUGUAAGGAUAACUCAUUGAGGUCAACACCUGAAUCGUUCAUUGUUAUUUGCCCACAUUAGGCGUAUAACCGUUUGACGCCCGAACCCGACCAACCGUCAUGUAUUAAGUACAUGAUACUUAGUAGAGGUAGACAUUCGCACACCAUCUAAGAUCUUUAACCACUCCAUGCGACUUUGACCUUGACUCUCCGAUAACCCGGAUUCAACCUCAUCCAACAGCAUCUGGUUCAACAUCUUCUACUUCUGCACAGAGGCCAUGGCAUCAAAAAAGGUGUCCGUCCUGAAGUUCGUAGGGACCAUUUCCUUGGGUCUCUUGACAGGGACUUCAUACACCAUCUCGACCCUCACGAUCCCGUCUCUCCUUGAACUACCUUCCGCCUCGGCCGCGGCCAAGGCCUUCCGAUCUCUUGCAUCAUCCGCAUCGUUCCAUAUCGACGCUCUGACUACCGUAUCAGGCAGUGCCUUCCUACUCGCUUUCGCCUUAUCGCCUCGAAACUUCAAGCACCCGUACCUACUUUACACGUCGCUGUUCUGCUUCGGCACUCGUCUAACUGAUUAUGUAACCCCGUCCAUCUUCGGCGAGCCUGUCUCAAGCACAACUGCCGCUGCGCACCGACGUGCCGAGCUCAACAGGGCUCGCAAGGAGAAGCAGGCCGCGAAGCGUAUGGAAGCUAGCUACGAACUUCUGGGUGAAGCGCACAGUGAUGAGGAUACUAGUGCUAAUGGUGAGGAGUUCGAUGAGGAUUACAACGGCGAGGAGGUCCGCAGCGAAGUCGAGUUCUUCGUCAGGAAUAAGCUAAUACAGACGGCUGUCUCCGGUAUCGGGUUCUUGAUGGCUAUUGUCGGUAUCUGGGGAGAUGGCGUCUCAGAGAUGUACGUUAUCAGGAUCUAAGAUGGAGAGAGGAGCCCAAGAGAAGGAAUUCAAGUAGGGAUUCAGCCGAUCUGUUUCUCAUCACUCAUUAUGGCACUAGGAGAUGACAUGGUCCAGUUAUUUGGAGUUGGAUGGGAUGCUGUCUAAAGUCAUAAAGCCACAAAUAUCCCGGAGUUAGGAGGGUUGUCUGCACCAGAGUUGUAUAUUUGCACUCCCACCUCCCUCCAAAUCCCUCUACACACAUAUGGAUGUAGUAACAAAAGACAUGAAUAAAAAAGAUGGCAUGGUACACGCAUUUAUUUCGGUAUUCAGCAUUAUGAGAUUAUGUUCUCGUUGCA